CGUACAGUAUUUUUUGCAACAAUUUCUAACAAACCUAAGAUAGAUGAAGUCUCGAGGGUGAAAAGGGAAAGAGGCAUCAGAAAAAAAGCCCCCCCUUCUUUCACAAACACAAAAUACUAAACCCCGUUCACUCACUAUCUCUCUCUAUCUCUCUUUACACUCUUUGGAUCUACUACUUCAAAACCCUCAACUCAAAAUUACCAAAAUGUCCCCUGUGAUGAAUGAACCGGCCACCCCACCUCCGACGAUCGGAAAGAUGGGUCCUUACACCGUCUUUGUUACUCCACCACCAUCUGACCACCCAUCUCCGGCCACUGUUUCUGAGUCACCCAAGACAUAUAAUCUUUCUAAUCCGAUUCAGCAGAAAUCUGCUCACCCGGUUCAGCCUCCACCGGUUCAGUAUGACAAGUCAGGUUCAUCUAAAGGUGGAUUCUUUUGGGAUGCUGUUGCUAAAGUCCAAAAUGCACAUUCAAGUUUGGACGAGUAUGUAGCACAUUGGUUUGGGCUAAAUCAAUCAAAAUAUCAGUGGGCUCUUGACGAUUACUAUGAAAGCCAGGGAGUGGGAAAGGUUGACACACAAGCAAAACUUGCAUCCACCAAGGCUCAAAGUGUGUAAAACAUGCUUUUAGGCAGGAUAGGAUGGGUGGAGUAAGAAUGCCUUUGUAAUGUCAUUUUGAGCAUGCUAUGUCUAUAACGUGGUUUGGUUAUUGGUUAGAUUGAUUAAUUACGCAAUUAUGGGAAGCUGAUCGUGAACUUGUGGUGCAUGUCGGAUGGUGAAUUUAUUAAUGAGUAUGAAUCAUGUAAUUUGAUCGGUAAUGGUCGUUUUUAAUCACUUACCAACAACCAAUUGGCUUAAAGUGUACCCAUAUGUGUGUUGCAUUUGUACUUCCAUUUUCGGCUAAAAUAUGUACUUUUUGAAUGAAAA